UUUGGUUAGCACACGUACAUGCCUAGCUGAAGUCAUUUAGACGAAACACGGAUUAAGAAUGGGGAAGAAAAAGAAGGAUAGCGUGGAGGUGGAGUUCGACAACCUUGGGUAUACUGAGCAGAUCCCUCCGGUGACCAGCACCCAGCCCACUGUGACACCAGCCGCCAAGAAACCCGCGUUCUGUGACCGCUCCGCAACUUGUUGCUGUAUUUGGUUCACGUUCAUUCUGGUGUUUCUCAUCUACUCGGGCGUCAUUGUCGGAGUCUGUGUCAUAUAUCUCGUAUAUGGUGGCAGCAUCCCUAGGGCAGACCACCAUCCAGGUCCUUCUGAACCCACGAACCCCCCGCCCGUCUUCACGACGCCUCAAGCCUUCACAGGCUCGUUGGUAAUAGACCAACCAUGGGACACAGCCCUCUCAAACCAGAACUCGGCCUACUACAAACUGUUCACAGAAUCGGUACAAAAUCAGAUAUCCAGUGCUCUAAAAGGGUUCCCCGAUCCGGCUAUUGAGAAUGCAGACGUCAAAAUAACUGGCAUAGGGCAAGGUAGUGUGGUGGUCCAGUUCUUACUACAAAUCAAGACUGGCCUGCGCAGUUACACAACUAAACCCGACCAAGCGAUCAAGGCGCACAUCAAGCAGAACUGGAUGCGAGUUAGCCUUUUUAAACUGAUGGAUGAUUCCUUGACAGUCGGGGCAAGAGUAGUGUGUGAGGAGAGACCAGAGUGUACCGACAAGACUUGUGUUGACAUCCAGCAAGGUUGCAUCAAGGGCAAGGUCAGGAGCCUCGAUGUGGGUCAAGGCCAGGUCAAGGUCAGACAGUAUCUGGGAGUGCCAUUCGCAGAGCCACCUGUUGGGAAGUUACGUUUUGCUGACCCGCGGCCAGCGAAAGCUUGGGACGGAGUCUUAGACGCCACCAACUACGGCCCUGCCUGCAUUCUUCCAGUGGACGAAAUAUACCCCAAGACUUUCUGGUCCACGUGGAUGUGGAACCCGCCUGGGAACAGAAGUGAAGACUGCCUUCAACUCAACGUCUUUGUUCCUGAAGGUGCCAAGAACGCAUCUGUCCUGGUUUGGAUAUUCGGCGGUGGAUUCUAUAGUGGUUCGGCUGUUCUUACCUUCUAUGAUGGGUCGGUGCUAGCAGUCAGCCAACAGGUAGUCGUGGUCACCAUGAACUACCGCGUUGGAAUGUUGGGAUUCCUUAGUACAGGAGAUGGAAGAAUCAGGGGAAACUUCGGGCUGAAAGACCAACUUCUCGCUUUGCAAUGGGUGCGCGACAACAUCGCUGAUCUUGGUGGCAAUCCUGACUCAGUGACGCUGUUUGGCGAGAGUGCCGGUGGGGCGAGCGUCGGCUUCCAUAUGAUGUCCCCGCUGAGUCAAGGUCUGUUCCAGCGUGGGGUCAUCCACAGUGCCUCUCCGGGGGCGCGGUGGGCCUACAUGACCCCAUCUCAGGCGAUGAAGAGAAGUGACGCUAUGUUUCAGAAGUUUAACUGCAACCAACCAGAUACAGAAAAGCUACUGGAGUGUUUGAGGGCUCUGAAGGCAGAAGAUAUUGGUAAUGACUGGAAUGACUACAUCGUUACCAAUAUACUCAUGUUCGCAUGGGUACCAACCAUCGAUGGUGAAUUCAUACCCGACGACCCAUUCGAAAUGACGAGGAAAGGUUUCCCAAGCGACGCAGAGCUGAUGAUCGGUUUCAACAAAGAUGAAGGAACGUUUUGGAACCUGUAUGCAUAUCCUCAGCUCACGAAAGACAAGGCGUACUGUCCACUCUCGGCAGAAGAGUUUGAUAGAGCCGCUAGGUCCGCCUUGUCAACCUUCCCGCGGGAUGUCCAGGAUGAUGUCGUAAGGAUGUACUCAAAAGACAUCACAGACGGCAACUCCAGGACUGUCGCACUGGAUCGCAUCACUGGAGAAUUCCUCAGCUUUUCGUGCCCCACUGCCCUAUUCGCCAACGCGUUCUCUGACGGUGGGACCGCGAAGAAGGUUUACAUGUAUAAACUGGACUACCGCGCUUCGAAUGAGAUGUGGCCGGAAUGGAUGGGAGUGAUUCACGGCGCUGACAUUCAGUGGUUUUUUGGCACUCCGCUGAAUCAAGAUUACAUUGACCUCCACAAAAGUCAACACAACGUCUCAGACUACACCGCCGCUGAGAAAACCCUCGCGAGGAAGAUUACUACCUUCCUUGGAUCAUUUGCAAAAACUGGCACCCCAAGCAGCCAAGGUGACCCAGCUUGGCCAAAGUACGAUACAACAAGUUACCAGGGGUUGCGAAUCACCCCGACAGGGACCUUGGAGACGAUGACGGUUAACGAGGGAACAAGAUGCUCCACCCUGUGGCAAUAUCAGAAAACAGAUGAUUGUUGUGAUCUAAACACAGGGCACCGAUAUAGCACUUUUGGUGGCUCGCUGACCGUCUCUGAUGAGGGGUUUCCCUGGAAAGACACUCUUCUCGAUACGAACUCGCCAUACUAUGAUGCCUACAGCCGCAUCAUAAAGCAAGAGUUGAAGACGACAUUAAGUGCUUACAAAGAUCCCGGGAUACAGACAGCGAGUAUAAAAGUUCUUGGUUUCGGGGCUGGGAGUGUGACUGCAUACUUCGACCUGACCACAAAACAUUACCUAAAAGGGACGGAUGCUGAAGUGGCUAAGGCUUUAGCCUCUUACAUUGCUGGCUAUUGGACUGGGGGCAUGAAGAUAGACAAGAAGACAAUAAGCGUGUCUCCAAAAACAGUUUGCUCAACAAGCUCAGAAUGUGAAGGCAAACCCUGCGUCAACUCCAGGAAUGGCUGCGUCAAGGGCAAGGUCAGGAGCCUUGAUGUGGGAAAGGGCGAGGUCAAGGUCAACCAGUUCUUCAAUAUACCUUUCGCACAGCCACCUGUUGGGAAAUUACGAUUCGCUGAUCCUUUGCCAGCCAAGUCAUGGGUUGGUGUCCAUGAUGGCACAGCGUACGGCCCUUCGUGCAUGUUAUCCAAAGAUACCACAUUCCCCGGUUUCUGGCCGGCGGAGAUGUGGAACCCACCGGGAAAGAUGAGUGAGGAUUGCUUGCAGCUGAAUAUCUUCACACCACACGGAGUCAAGAAUGCACCGGUCUUGGUUUGGAUAUAUGGAGGUGGAUAUUACAGUGGUACGAGUACCCUAGAGCUGUACGAUGGUAGCGUCCUGGCUGCCAGUCAGAAGGCGGUCGUGGUCACGAUUAACUACCGCGUGGGUAUCCUUGGGUUCCUCAGCACAGGGGACGGAAGAAUAAAGGGGAAUUAUGGCAUCAAGGACCAGCGGCUCGCCUUGCAGUGGAUCCAAAACAACAUCGCCAGGUUUGGCGGCAACCCGAGAUCAGUGACGUUAUUCGGGGAGAGCGCCGGUGCGGCCAGCAUUGGACUCCACAUCCUCUCGGACACAACAAAGAACCUCUUCCAGCGCGCAGUGAUGGAAAGCGCGUCGCCAAAUGCCAGAUGGGCGUUUAUGUCCGUGACUCAGGCUAAGCGACGAGGGGCGAGGAUGUUGGAGAUACUGAAGUGUCAGCAGAGCGAUGCCGAUGCUGUGUUGGCUUGUCUGAGGGCUAAAUCGGCCGAAUCUUUAGCCUUCAACAGUGCUGACUGGAUCGUUAAGAAUGCCAUGAUCUUCCCCUGGGCCCCGACACCUGACGGCGAGUUCCUCAAGGGGAACCCCUUCGAGAUGACGGAAGCAGCCGACUUCAACCGCGACGUCGACAUCAUGAUUGGCUUCAACAAAAAUGAGGGGACCUAUUGGAACCUCUAUCUGUUUAGUAACCUCUACAGCAAAGACAAGCAGCAAUGUCCCAUCACCGUAGAUCAAUUCAACACUGCUGCAGAUGGAGUAUUGAUGAACUUCACUGCGCCGGCGCGAAAGGACAUCAAGCAGAUAUACUCUUCCGGAGUGACGGACGGGAAUGCGUUGACUGUCGCCUUGGACCGGGUGGUGGGCGAGUUUCUGAGCUUUUCCUGUCCGGUGAUUGAAUUCACUAACAAGUACUCCGCGGGCGCCAGGAAGGCUUACAUGUACAAGCUCGACCACAGGGCGAGCAAUGAGCAAUGGCCUGCUUGGAUGGGCGUCAUCCAUGGUGCAGAUAUUCAGUGGUUCUUUGGUAUCCCCCUUGAUACGAUUUACAACGAGAAACACAUACAGAACGACAAAAUUCCAUUAUAUACGGAGGCUGAGAAAGAAUUUGCGAAGAAGAUCAUGGACUAUCUUGGGACGUUUGCUAGGAAUGGGUCUCCUGGUAAAGCUGGCAUUCCGAAGUGGCCCGCUUAUACCAAGGACAAUUUUAAGGCUUUACACUUUACAGAAACCAUGAACAUUGAAGAGGUGAUAUUGGUUGAAGGGACCAGGUGCGCACCCUAUGCAAGGUUGUCCAGGGAGGAAACAUGUUGCGUCCUCACCUAAGAUCUACUCAGAAAUACCAAAAACACUCUCUUUGGAGCAGAAUUUUACUCAAAAUUUUCUAUUUUACUCAGAAUGUAAUUGUUAAAUGUUGCAUAUUGAAUUCUACAUUCCCGUGUGCUAGUAAAUUGACUCUCAAGCCUUGGAUCCACUCCGCCGACCCGGACUCUGUUACACCAACGAUUUGAUUAACUCUGAUGGUUCAGAAUGGCGAUAACAUAGUUGGCGCGAACUUCUAACAGCAUCGGGGAUUGACAAGAUUCGUGGUGAUUUCCGGGGGUGAUUUUAAUCAAAUAUAUAUUCGAUUAGUUUUUAGACUUGGACAACCUGCCAUUGUUAUCAGCAGUGGAUUCGCUGACUCCCUUGAUGAGUGCAGCGUUUUUUGGCGCCAAAACAAUCGCCGUCUGUUCGGCAUGCCGCCCGCCGGCAUCUACGCUAGGGCGAGUUUCCUCAUUCAAAAGUGAAUAACAGCUGAUAAAAUAAACCAAAGUGGACAUGCUUGGUGUCAUUGGAAAGGGAAUUUCAUCAAAAAUGAAACAAAAUAGAUAAUGAAACAAUUCUAACCUGCCGAAGGCGCGAAUUUAGUGAUUGAAAUUGGAAUUGAAAAAUAAAAUAUUUUUGAUGCCGGUGGAAAAGUGAGGCGGGCGGGGAUUAUAAACUAUAAUUUUUUUUAUGGGGCCUUAUAGCAGAAAUGCAUUAUUUCUCUCGCGUGUAUGCGGAAUUGUAACAGCUCAGACGCUGAAACGAGAGAUGCAACAUCGAUUUAUAGCUCCUUGGGUGUCCUGGCAUAAUUGAACCUGAUCACAGAUUGGUCUUUGCGGAUCCGAAAUAGACAUAACAGGUUGGCCUUUGGGGUACUUUUAGUCAUCGGAUCUCAUAUUUGUCACAAUGUGUCCUUAGACAACAACCAUGCACAUAGUAACCAGAACUAGGACAUUAUCACAACCUCCACUCGGGUGUCGAUUGAACGAAGACAUUGUCACAACAUCAGAAACUGCUGUAGGAAGACAUAUUUCAUCACAUCCAGAACAUGGCGUCCAGUGGUUCCAAUGGGUGAUAUGAAUAAAGACUAGUAAAUGCUUUUACUUCAGUUUUGUACAGAAAGGCCUAAUGUAAAUGUACAUGGGGUUUUCAGUAAAAGCAAUUGCUAGUCUUUAUUCAUAUCACCCAAUAUACUCAACAACACCUGGGGGUAUAUGAUAAUUAGGACGUUCUUUCCCAAAUCUGAUGCGAGUCUACUAAGAAACACCAUAUUUAUAAAAGAACAAACACCCAACUAUAAAUAUUAAUCCAUGUUUUAUUUACAAAUCCACAUCGUCAUACAAUUGGUUUGUUCAUCCUUAAAUCCAAUCCAUCACCAUCAAGUCCAAAACAUGCUAUAUGACAUACAAUAUCUGCAAUAUACAAAAUCUACAACACUUGAGUAAUCAAGUGAAAUAAAGACGAAGUACAUGAACAAUUUCA